GUGUGAGGCCAGUGGCCCCCCAGAGGCAAUGAUCAAGUUCAUCCUCAUGGUGAACAAGCAGGGCCAGACCAGACUGGCCCAGUACUACGACUUCCUGAGUGUCCGCGAGCGUGUGACCCUGGAAGGCGAGUUGAUCCGCAAAUGUCUCUCGCGAAGUGAGAGCCAAUGCUCCUUCGUUGAGUACAGAGACUACCGCGUGGUCUACAGGCGCUAUGCGUCCUUGUACUUCAUUGCUGGGCGCCCGGACUCCGUCCUUUCCGUCCGCGUCAGACCAAUGCGAAGGCCUUGGAACGGCACGGCACUUCAAGAUAUUUGCUGGACUGCAAAAUACACCGAGGCUGCGGCGGUCCAAUAUUGGCUUGAUGCUCAGGAGCUUUCGGUGGAAGAGGUGGGCCAAAAACCUCAGCGCGAAAGGUUUUGCAGCUUGCAAGAGGAGCGCCUCUUUGAUUUGUUCCUCUUCUUCUGCGGUGCUGGAGCAGGUAGGCUCAGGGUAGACGCGGUCGUCAGCGUCAGCAGCCAAGGAGCGCCGAACCACCUGCAGUUUUCCAGCCACAUGGGCUGA